GUUGAACCGGAAGCUCUAACUAGCGUCAAAUUUUCAGUUUAUGUGAACGAAUAAUGUGAAUUUUGGGUCCCCAAAGAGUUUAAUUCUUUAUUUUGAAGUGCCAAACUCCACAUUUAGCGGUAAUAUUAGCCGGUCUUCCAUCAUGUCGGGGACAAAGCUGCUCAGACUGCUGGUCAACGAGCGACUGGCAGCGGCUGCCGAGGAAAUCUUUGGACUCGUUGAGAGGACGAUAGCGGACUAUCAGGAUGAAGCUGUCCGCUUCAAGAGAGAAGUCAUCCAGCUGAGACAGCAGAUCGAGCAGCUGACCGUUUUAAAACCUGAAGUUAUGUUAUUCAGAGCAGACACUCAGUCAGCCUCAGAGAAGAUUUUGCCUUCACAACAGCCAGACCAGCUUCCCAAUGUGGAGGAGAGCAACACCCAUGAUGACUCCCAGCAGGUCAAACAGGAGCAGGUGGAUCAGUGCAUCAGUCAAGACAUGGAGGCUGAUACUUGCAACGAUUCUGAAGUCAUAUAUCCCAUAUCAGAACCAAGCACUAACUGUGAGCUGCUCCCGUCUUCCACGGCUGUGACUGUGAGUGGAAAUGAAAGCAUAGAUGACAAAUGGAAUGAAAAAGAUGAUUCGUGGUCGCCUUGUCAGAAUCAGCAGGUGCAUCAUCACAUCACCCCAGACUUGACGGAUGAUUCCUCUGACGAUGUAAAAGUCAGAAUUACGAAAUCAGAAACAGCUGCUCAGUCUGAUUGCCACCUGACCUCACCUGUCAGCAGUAUAACGGUGACAUUUACUGAUGAUGAAUGGAAUGGAAGUGACAUUGCCUUAACGGAGCAGCAGCGGGAGCAAAAGACUUGUCGUUUCUGUGGCAAGUUUUUUAACAGGGACUCUGAUCUGAUCAGACACGUUGAAAAUAUUCACAUGAGUACGAGGGCCUUUCAGUGCUCUGAAUGUGACAAAGAGUUUGCUUGUAGGAGCCAUCUGGAUGCGCAUGUAAGAAUUCACACAGGUGAAAAGCCACACAAGUGUUCUUUCUGUAGUAAAUCUUUCACUCAAAGGUCAAAUCUCAACGUCCACGUUCGGCUGCACACUGGUGAAAAGCCGUAUUUUUGCAAAGCGUGCGGCAAAAAGGUUGCCUAUAGCUCUCACCUCAAAACGUGCGGUAUGAAGGAGCUCAGAGGGAAGGACUCGUUUUGCUGUUUGGUUUGUGGUGAAGAGUUUCACACUGCUUCAAAACUGUGGGUCCACAAGAGGAUCCAUGAAGCCGGGAAACCCCACACUGUUUUCUCGCCUUUGGACUGAUCACCGGACUGAAUUGACAUUUGUUUCCAGGGUAUCUGCAGAACCUUUUAAAGGUCUCAACAUUUCUUAAAUUCAAUUUUGUAAAUACUCGGCCCUAAAAGUUAUUAAAUGAUCUUAAAUUUGAAAUUCUGAGGUUUUUAUUGCUACAAACAUUUCAUCUGAUUUUAUCCAUCUUUUUUGUCAAAAUAAAACAUCUGGAUCUGGGGAAUUUGGAGGUCGGAUUGAUGCGUUGAGCUCUUUGUCACGUUUUUUGGAGCAGUUUUGGCAGUGUAGCAUGGCGCAUUGUUCUGCUUGGGAGGCCAUUGCCAUCAAAUGGUAUCCACAUGACUGCCAAGAACCAAAAGUUUCUCAGCAGAGCAUUGCAUUGUAACAAGAUGAUCAAUGUUAUUCACUUCACCUGCCAGUGGUUUUGGUUAAAAGUUUGCUUGAAAAAGGUCAUUAAAGCAUUAGAUUUAAGUGUCCAAUACCUGAAGACACCCUGGUUUCACUUUAUUCAUUAUUUCUUAAUUUCUUAGUUAAUAUUUCUAAACAAGUUUUUAAAAAAUGAAGGUGCCGAAUCAGAGGUUUGGAGCAAAAAGACAAACAAUUACAGCCAUUUUAGAAAUUGCCUCUGUUUAAGACCUCAGCCUUUUCAGUCCACUUUUGUUGAGAUCUCUGAGCACUUUAAGCCUUACCUGUUUUCAGUCCUGUUACUGCUCAUAUUUAUUUUGCACCUCUUUGUUAAUGAAAUAAACUAUUUUUCCUAUUUUGUAAUGACAAAGACCCUUUUGUGAUACUUGUAGACUAACCUAACGUGGUAGUAAACCUCUUACAAUAAAAACCAUGUAUCCAGCACAAA